CAGCGCAUGCGUCGUUCACUCAAGAGCUACACUGUCAUGGCGGUGACGAGCUGAAGCUACCGGGGUAGAUCAGGAAGCAAAUGCAGCCCAGCUUGGUCAACGCUGUCAUUUAACCAAAUCUGCGGAGUGUCUCGGGGAGCACUAAACGGAUCACCGUCCUUUGUCGGCUUCCACCGGAGCUGCCGACGGACUCUCAUACCCCCCCCCUCCAGUUUGUGAGUUUUUGGUUCUGCCGAGCGCGCUACCUGUCAAGUGUCUGCACUCAGUCACAAUAGCGACUUCCACUGCUGUACGGAGAUAUUAAAGUGACUAUAUCAGUGUUUGUCCGGGCAGAGGAGAAAACAGGUAAAGGGGGAAAGUCUGCUUAUUUCCUUGUUGCCAGCAGCACACCUCUUCACGGCUUUUAACCGAAUUAAUUCAUCCGCCUGGUGUCAAGUUACGGAGCAGAAGAGUAGUUCAUCGUAGAGAGAAGCGGGGACAUUUCCAGCCUCUCUGUGUCUGCCACCACCACAUUAUCUGGGCUUUAUUUAUUUUUUAGUUAGUACUUCCCGAGUCUCGGACGCAUAACUGUUUUGGAUUGGGGAGAACAACGUUGUGCUUAUGCGCCUGUAGACUGUCCACAACUCAGCUGAAGGGGAGAUAGAGUCCUCUUUCUCCUCCGACAUCGGCUGCUCUCUCACCAUUGGAGGUGAACAGGUGCCUUACCUGUGAACGCCACCUGUCCCGUCCUUCCCGUAGCAAUGGCUAGCGCGGACACAGCGGGCGCUGCACAGCCAGGCGAUGGAAAGGACGGUCGAUCAGGCGCCAUGGCGCUUAACCCCGGAGUGCCUAUCAGAGGGAUAAGGAUGAAAUUCGCUGUGCUUGGUGGCCUGGUGGAAGUUGGGGAAGUUUCCAACCGAGACAUUGUGGAGACUGUGUUCAACCUGCUGGUUGGAGGCCAGUUUGACCUGGAGAUGAACUUCAUCAUCCAGGAACCAGAAAGCAUCGUGUGCAUGGUUGAGCUGUUGGACAAAUGUGAGCCCAACUGUCAGGCUGAGAUCUGGAGCAUCUUCACAGCCAUCCUCAAGAAAAGUGUCCGUAACCUACAGGCAUGCACUGAAGUGGGGCUUAUCCAGCUGGUGCUUGAGCGUAUAUCCACGACUGACAGCAUGAUAGCAGACUUGCUGGUGGACAUGUUGGGUGUGCUUGCCAGCUACAGCAUCACAGUGAAAGAGCUGAAGCUUUUCUUCAGCAAGCUGCAAGGGGACAGAGGCCAGUGGCCACGUCAUGCAGUGAAGCUGUUGUCAGUGCUGAAGUACAUGGCUCAUAGAAAUGGUCCUGACUCCUUCUUCAGCUUCCCAGGAAAAAAUGCAGCUGCGAUAGCUCUGCCCCCCAUAGCCAAAUGGCCAUACCAGAAUGGAUUUACAUUCCACACAUGGCUUCGAAUGGAUCCUCUCAAUAACAUCAACGUAGACAAAGACAAGCCUUACUUGUUCUGUUUCCGCACCAGUAAAGGCCUGGGUUACUCCGCACACUUUGUGGGCGGCUGUUUGAUAGUGACCUCAUUAAAAACAAAGGGCAAAGGAUUCCAGCACUGUGUAAAGUAUGACUUCAAACCACAGAAGUGGUACAUGGUGACUCUUGUUCACGUCUACAAUCGCUGGAAAAACAGUGAAAUUAGCUGCUAUGUGAAUGGAGAACUGGCUUCCUUUGGAGAUAUUGCCUGGUUUGUCAACACUAGCGAUACAUUUGACAAGUGUUUCCUUGGAUCGUCGGAGACAGCAGAUGUGAAUCGUGUAUUCUGCGGACAGAUGGGGGCAGUUUACCUGUUUUCAGAAGCUCUCAGUGCUGCUCAAAUCUUGGCCAUCUAUCAGCUGGGUCCAGGCUACCAGGGCACAUUCAAGUACAAGGCUGAGAGCGACUUGUUGUUUGCAGAGCAUCAUAAGACCUUACUGUAUGAUGGCAAACUGUCCUCUAGUAUUGCCUUCACUUAUAACCCUCGCGCCACUGAUGCCCAGCUCUGCCUUGAGUCCUCUCCCAAGGACAAUGCCUCAAUUUUCAUCCAUUCACCUCAUGCACUCAUGCUGCAGGACGUGAAGGCAGUGGUGACUCACUCAGUCCAGAGUGGCAUACACUCCAUUGGCGGUGUGCAGGUCCUCUUCCCUCUGUUUGCACAGCUGGAUUAUUGCCAGCCAUCCAGCCAGGAGCUGGACACCUCUGUUUGCUGCACUUUGCUGUCCUUUGUGAUGGAGCUCUUGAAGAACUCAGUGGCUAUGCAAGAGCAGGUCUUGGCCUGCAAAGGCUUUCUCGUCAUUGGCUUCACUUUGGAGAAGUCCUCCAAAGUGCACGUUACACGGCCCGUUCUGGACAUCGUUCUGGCCUUUUCCAGAUACCUUAGCAACUUGCAGAAUGGCAUCUUACUGCUCAAGCAGCUGUGUGACCACAUUCUGUUCAAUCCUGCCAUCUGGAUCCAUGCCCCUGCAAAGGUGCAGCUGACACUCUACACCUACCUGGCAACAGAGUUCAUCAGCACAGUGACCAUCUACAAUGCCAUUCGCAGGGUUGGCACUGUGCUUCAGGUCAUGCAUACACUAAAAUACUACUACUGGGUGGUUAACCCUCAAGACCGCAGCGGAGUCAUUCCUAAAGGCCUUGAUGGUCCGAGACCAAGCCAGAAGGAGAUACUCUCUCUGCGAGCCUUUCUGCUGUUGUUUGUCAAGCAGCUCAUAAUGAAGGAUCAUGGAGUCAAGGAAGAUGAGCUGCAGAGUAUCCUCAACUACCUCCUGACCAUGCACGAGGAUGACAACCUCAUGGAUGUGCUGCAGUUGUUGGUUGCUCUGAUGUCUGAACAUCCUGGAUCAAUGGUCCAAGCCUUCGACCAGCGAAAUGGAAUCCGUGUUAUUUAUAAGCUUUUGGCUUCAAAAAGUGAAGGAAUAAGAGUCCAGGGGCUCAAGGUCAUGGGCUACUUUCUGAAAAGCUUAUCACCAAAGAGGAAAGCAGAGGUCAUGCUGAGUCACGGCCUGUUCUCACUGCUCACUGAGCGUCUGAUGCUGCACUCCAGCCAGUUCACCAUGACAACCUACAAUGUGCUCUUUGAGAUUCUUACAGAGCAGAUCUGCACUCAAGUGAUCCAUAAACAGCAUCCGGACCCCGACUCCACUGUGAAGAUUCUCAACCCACAGAUUCUGAAGGUAAUAGCUGCUCUCCUGAAGAACUCUCCCUCAUCUCCUGAGAGCAUGGAGGUGCGCAGGGUCUUUCUGUCAGACAUGAUCAAGCUGUUCAAUAACAGCCGAGAGAACCGCAGGAGCCUGCUGCAGUGCUCGGUGUGGCAGGAGUGGAUGCUCUCUCUUUGCUUCAUCAACCCGCGAAACAGCGAGGAGCAGAAAAUCACAGAGAUGGUGUACGCCAUCUUCCGCAUCCUGCUCUAUCACGCCAUCAAAUACGAGUGGGGUGGCUGGCGCGUCUGGGUGGACACCCUGUCCAUCACACACUCCAAGGUGACCUUUGAGCAGCACAAAGAGAAUCUGUCACGAAUGUUUCGUCAGUACCAGCAUCAAGAGUCUGCAGGCUCUCGGAGCUUAAUUCGCACAGUUUCUGGCGUCAGCCAAAGCUCUGAGACCAUGAAAAGUGUUAAUGGGCCACCUGCAGAAGAGACUGCGCCCUCCACUGUCAUUGAGCUCACAGUGGAUGAAGUAUCUCAGAAAUCCUUUGACUCAGCAUCUAGUUCCACCAUUACCUCCAGGCCACAGGAAGCCAGCGAGGACAGGGGACACACAUCCAUCACUGUGUCCAACAUUCUGGCCAGGGCUGAAGAAGAAGAGGAGAAGAUGGUGGAAGAGUCCCCUACAGAUGGCUCAAGUGUCGGAACAGAAACUGACAUUACUAUGACACAAAAAGCAAAUGCAGGGGAACAGAGUGAAGAGAUCGACAAGCAAGCAGUGGCUGAGACUUCGUGUGACCAAAGCAAUAAUGAUAUAGAAAAUGAACAUAGCAACCAGGCUGAAACUGCUGAUGCAAAAGCAGGCGAGGUAGUUGGGAGCUCUGCAACAUCUACUAGUGAUGAUUCACAACCCCCUGAUGACAAAUGUGAGAGUGAAGACAAUAAAGAAGAAAUGUCAAACUCUGCAACGGAAAACUCUUUAAAUGAAGGAGACACAGAUGCUCCAGUGGUUUCAAAACAAGGAGAUAAAACUGCCCAAAUGUCCCCUGAGCCUGCAGCUGUUCUGGAGAACAGUGCACUGGGUGGAGCUUCUGUCUUCAACGAAGACUUGGUAGAUGUAUCAUCUAUUAGUGACCACAUCCACCCUAGUGAUGCUGAUGAUAGUCAGGAGGAGUCCUCUUAUGUUUCUGCUGCUACUGGAGAGGAAAGUGAAGGAGACAGAAAUGAAGAAAAACAUGGAGACGAUGUAGGCAAAACAAAUGAUCAGAAAGAUCAGGAGCUUAAAAUGGAAGAAGAAGAAAAGGAGGAGAUUCAGGAGGCUAGAAUACAAGAAAACGAAGGUGAAUCUGUAGAGAAACAGGAGCCUUGUUUGGACAGGCAGACUCCUCCAGCUGAAACACCUGAGCAAUGUAUCACAGAACCACACAAAGAAAAUGUUAGUGAAGUACAGUCUUCCUCCAUAGCUGAAACUGCUACGACAGAUGAGCAGCCCCAUGUUGCCACACCAACCUCUACUGUCCAGGAGGUUUCAGCAGCUUCAGAGACUACAUCACUGAGCCAGCCUUCAGAGACCAGUAGCACCACUGCAGGGGAAACCCAGUCUGGUGUCCCUGACAGUAGCACCACCACCUCCAGCUCUGACACCCGCAAGAGCACAGACUCUAUCAGCAAGACCAAAGAGAUCAAAAUCGCCCGACUGGACGUGUCCAACGUGGCCUUAGACACUGAGAGACUUGAACUGAAAGAAACCUCUACAACAGAUACAAGCCAGGGUCAGACGGUCUCAGCAGGUGAAGCAGGAAGUUCAUCUGGCCAGCCGAGGGAGACUGGCACAUCAGCUCCCCGCUCCACCAUGUUCCGUAUCCCAGAAUUCCGCUGGUCCCACAUGCAUCAGCGCCUCCUCACUGACCUGCUCUUCUCUAUUGAGACAGAUGUCCAGAUGUGGAGGAGUCACUCCACGAAGACAGUUCUGGACUUUGUGAACAGCAAUGAGAACGUUGUGUUUGUGCACAACAGCAUACACCUCAUUUCCCAGGUGGUGGACAAUCUCAUUAUGGCUUGUGGAGGGAUUUUACCUUUACUCUCUGCUGCCACAUCUUCCACCCAUGAGCUUGAAAACAUUGAGCCAUCCCAAGGCUUGGCAGUUGAGGCAUCGGUUACCUUUUUGCAGCGCCUCAUCAACCUUGCAGAUGUUCUGAUCUUUGCUAGCUCACUCAACUUCACAGAGAUAGAAGCUGAGAAAAACAUGUCAUCAGGGGGCAUCCUGCGACAGUGCCUUCGCCUCGUGUGUGCUAUGGCAGUGAGAAACUGUCUGGAGUGUCAGCAAGCGCAGUUUAAACAUGGCACUGAAAGCUCAGUUCGCAGCUACACAGCCAUGCCCAGCACUGUGCUUGGAACAGCCAAGUCUGCAUCUGCACAGAGUCCUGUUGAUGCAGUGACAGGUGGCAUGUCUCCAAUCAGAGAUUUGGAUCGGCUCCUUCAAGACAUGGACAUUAACCGCCUCAGGGCUGUUGUCUUCAGAGAUAUUGAGGACAGUAAACAGGCUCAGUUUUUGGCUCUUGCUGUGGUGUAUUUCAUCUCAGUCCUCAUGGUGUCCAAGUAUCGUGACAUCCUGGAACCUCACAAUGACAAGAAACACCCUCAUCGCUCCCAGUCUACUAGGAGUACAGACAGUGGAGGAGCUUCAGGUGGAACAGAGGUGGAGAAUGGCUUCUCUCUCAGGAGGUAUGAUUCUGGUAUUGGCGAUGACCACACAUCGGCAGCGGCAAGUGAGGGAGAUCUGUCAUCUUCUGGCGCAGCUCAUGGUCCAGACGCCAUCUCAGAGGCCUUGUCUACACUGUCAUCUGAGGUCAGACCUGCUCUGUCUGCUGACUCAAAGGGCAAGAAUGUCAAAGACAUUCUGCGCAGCCUUGUGAGUGCUCCAGCUGAUGAUAUCAUGGUGGAUCCAAGUCUGCUGCCCCCAGCGUUUCUUGGACCUGUGGGGGACGUGGCCAGAGAAUCAUCUCUACAGUUCCGCUCUUUUGAUAGAAGUGUUGUCCUUGGACCCAAGAAAGCAGGCAUGACGCCAUCUCCAAGCACUUCCGGCUCUGUUCUGACAUCCACCGCUGCCUCCAUAUCUGCUGGGACAGCAGUUGACAGUGUAGCUGUGGUAUCUUCUGGUGACACUUCCCAGGGCACAAAUACAGACUCCACAGCUUCAGGCGGCCAGGCUCCAGCCAGCACUAGCCUGCCAUCUGUCCCCCCACUCUCCCCUGUGACCCAGAACACAGCCCCCAAUAUGAGCAUCUCAGAGCGCCUGGAGCACGCUCUCGAAAAGGCAGCUCCUCUACUGAGGGAGAUCUUUGUCGACUUUGCCCCCUUUCUCUCUCGCACCCUGCUUGGCAGUCAUGGACAAGAGCUGCUUAUUGAGGGCACCAGCUUGGUGUGUAUGAAGUCCAGCAGCUCAGUGGUGGAGCUCGUAAUGCUUCUGUGUUCUCAGGAAUGGCAGAACUCCAUCCAGAAGAAUGCGGGACUUGCCUUUAUUGAGUUAGUCAACGAAGGAAGGCUUCUCAGUCAUACCAUGAAGGACCACCUGGUUCGUGUGGCUAAUGAAGCUGAAUUUAUCCUGAGCCGACAGAGGGCUGAAGACAUACAUAAACAUGCAGAAUUUGAGUCCAAUUGUGCGCAGUAUGCAGCAGACAAGCGGGAUGAGGAGAAAAUGUGUGACCACUUGAUCCGAGCAGCCAAGUACCGUGACCACAUGACGGCCACUCAGCUCAUCCAGAAGAUAGUCAACAUCCUGACUGACAAACAUGGAGCCUGGGGGAACUCUUCCUUAAGCCGACCGAGGGAGUUCUGGCGCCUGGACUACUGGGAGGACGAUUUAAGGAGGCGACGCCGCUUCAUCAGGAACCCUUUCGGAUCCAGUCACUCAGAAGCUACGCUCAAAGUUGCAGCUGAACACGCAUCCGAGGAGGAUAUUCUAAAAGGCAAGCAGUCAAUCAGAAGUCAGGCUCUGGGAAAUCAAAACUCAGAGAGUGAGACUUCCCUUGACGGAGACGACGACACUCUGUCGUCCUUAGAGGACAAGGACCUGGAGAACUUUACAGGCCCUGUAAACCUGAGCACCAGCGCUCAGCUCGUGGCCCCAGCUGUGGUGGUGAAAGGCACCCUGUCCGUCACCGCCUCCGAACUCUACUUCGAGGUGGACGAGGAAGAGCCCAACUUCAAGGUCAUCGAUCCCAAGAUUUUGGCUUACACAGAAGGUCUUCAUGGAAAAUGGCUGUUCACAGAGAUUCGGGCCAUUUUUUCCAGACGCUACCUGCUGCAGAAUACUGCUCUGGAAGUGUUCAUGGCCAACAGAACAGCCGUCAUGUUCAACUUCCCAGACACAGCCACAGUAAAGAAAGUGGUUCACAGUCUUCCUCGGGUUGGGGUGGGCACCAAUCUUGGCCUUCCACAGACCAGACGCAUUUCUCUGGCCACACCCAAGCAGCUUUUUAAGGCAUCCAACAUGACUCAGCGCUGGCAACGUCGUGAAAUAUCCAACUUUGAGUACUUGAUGUUUCUUAACACCAUCUCUGGUCGCACCUUUAAUGACCUAAACCAGUACCCAGUCUUCCCAUGGGUCAUCACCAACUAUGAUUCAGAGGAACUUGAUCUCACUUUGCCAAGCAACUUCAGAGAUCUGUCCAAGCCCAUCGGUGCACUAAACCCCAAGAGGGCAGCAUUCUUCUCAGAACGAUACGACUCCUGGGAGGAUGAUCAGGUGCCCAAGUUCCACUAUGGCACACACUACUCCACAUCCAGCUUUACCUUGAUGUGGCUACUACGUAUCGAGCCCUUCACCACAUUCUUCCUCAACUUCCAAGGGGGGAAAUUUGACCAUGCCGACCGCACCUUCUCCUCUGUAUCCAGAGCCUGGAGGAACUGUCAGAGAGACACAUCUGAUGUUAAGGAGCUAAUUCCAGAGUUCUACUAUCUGCCUGAGAUGUUUGUCAACGCCAACAGUUACAACCUGGGAGUGAUGGAAGAUGGCACUGUGGUCUCUGAUGUGGAUCUUCCACCUUGGGCCAAAAACCCAGAGGAGUUUGUGCGCAUUAAUCGGCUGGCUCUGGAGAGCGAGUUUGUGUCUUGCCAGCUUCACCAAUGGAUUGACUUGAUUUUCGGCUACAAGCAGCAGGGACCUGAAGCUGCCAGAGCCCUCAACAUAUUCUAUUAUCUGACUUAUGAAGGUGCAGUCAACCUCAGCUCCAUCAACGACCCCAUGCUCAGAGAGGCUGUGGAGUCUCAAAUCAGGAGUUUUGGACAGACUCCCUGUCAGCUACUCAUAGAGCCGCAUCCACCCCGAAGCUCAGCAAUGCAAGUGUAUCUUCUCCUGCAGACCCCAAUGAUGUUUACGGAGCAGAUGCAGCAAGAUGUGAUCAUGGUGCUGAAGUUUCCAUCCAAUUCUCCUGUAACACAUGUUGCAGCCAACACUCAGCCAGGUCUAACAUCCCCCUCCAUCAUCACCGUCACCGCCAACCGCCUCUAUGCUGUCAAUAAAUGGCAUGGCUUGACAGGUCAUCAGAGCUCAGCGGAGCAGCAGUACCAACUUCCUGUGGAAAUUGACCCUCUGAUAGCCAGUAACAUGGGCACUCAUCGUCGUCAGAUCUCAGACCUGCUGGAUCAGAGCAUUCAGAUCAGUUCCCAGUGUUUCGUCAUCACAGCCGACAACCGCUUCAUCCUUCUGUGUGGCUUCUGGGACAAGAGCUUCCGGGUCUACUCCACUGACUCAGGCAAACUGACACAGAUAGUGUUCGGGCACCGGGAUGUGGUGACGUGCCUCACCCGCUCUGAGUCAUACAUCGGAGGAGACUGCUAUGUCCUGUCAGGCUCCAGAGAUGCCACAUUACUGCUGUGGUACUGGAAUGGAAAGCACAGCAGCAUUGGAGAAAGCCCCGGCACAGCGUUUACCACUCCAAGGGCCAUCCUAACGGGCCAUGACUGUGAGGUGACUUGUGCAAGCGUUUGUGCUGAAUUGGGCCUUGUCAUCAGUGGCUGCAAAGAGGGUCCUUGUCUCAUCCAUUCCAUGAAUGGGGACCUGCUGUGGACCCUGGAGGGCCCAGAGCACUGCCAGCGCCCACGACUGAUCCACUCCUCCACUGAGGGCCACUGCAUGAUUUAUUAUGACAAGGGACAGUUUUGUCUCUUUAGUGUCAAUGGCAAACUGCUUAGACACAUGGAAGUGGAAGACAACAUCAAGGCCAUGCUUCUCAGUCGAGAUGGUCAGUAUCUGCUGAUAGGUGGGGAUGGAGGUGUAGUUUCUGUCUGGCAGGUUCACGACCUCAAACAGCUGUUCACCUACCCUGGCUGUGAUGCAGGAAUCCGCUCUAUGGCCAUGUCCCAUGACCAAAGGUGCAUCAUUACCGGCAUGGCAUCUGGCAGCAUCGUGCUCUUCUACAAUGAUUUCAACAGGUGGCACCACGAGUACCAGACCAGGUACUAAGGGGAAAACAAAAAAACUACAAGUUGACUGACAAAGAAAAGAAAAAUAAAUGAUAUGGCAAGUGUGAACUCUUCUUAAAGGCACCUGUCUGCCCUCCGUCUGAUAUCCUGAAUGUAUCUCAAUAGAGGAAGAAAAACUGUCCUGUUAUAGUAAACUAAUGAAAACUAUUUUUAAAAGGGCAUUGGUAUAUUUUGUAGAUCAGAUAGAAAAUUUUCAUAUAAAUCUUAAGGUGGGGCGGGGGGUUAUGUUACUGUAUGGUUAAAAAAAAAAAAAAAAUCUAUUUUUAGCUGUAAGAGUCUAUUUUCAUCUCCUCCAGAAAAUGAAAGUGGGAUUUUUGGGGGAGUUAGGGACUUAAAAAUCCAAAUAUUUGUGUACUUUGGGGUGUGUGAAUUUUUUUUUUCCUCUCAUUAGGUGUGUAUUUAGGGAAAUAAUUACUUAAACAUGCUUUUUCUUGUUUUGGCAACACAGCAGGUAGAUAUGAAGACUCUAAAUAAAUAUAUUAGAUGAGUAAAGAGGGAAAAUGCAUUUAUCUAAAUAUCCAUAUAUGUAAUGUUUAAAUGUAGUCCUCCUUACUAAAGAUGUCUACUCCCCCUACUCCCUUGUGCUUGCUCCGAGAUUAUGUUGUGCAUGAUUCGUAUUCUACAUAUCUGGUUACAUAUCUUCAAGCAUCAAAAACAGAAAACAUCCUGAUGAUAAAAAUCUGCUUUAGUUAGUCAACUUUUACUUUUCUUUUCUAAAUGAUUGAAUAAGCAGAGAAUGUUUUCUAAAACCUUGAAAAAUGUCUGAACAGAGUAAAGAAUUGAGACCAUGAUUUGACCCAUAUCUUACCUUCAGUGUCCAAACUUGUCUCAAAGUCUUCUAGUAAUUGACUCUCCAAAGCAGCUAAGGGCAGUGGGAGAUGAGCAAUGAAAGGAAGGACUUAAACACAUCUGCUUGUUUCUCUCUUCAUCACAGAUGUCUGAAGUAUAGCGCUCCAAAAAUAAUGAGACAUCUUCCUUUGGUUCUCUAUUUUGAAAGCAUCUUCUUGAAUUUUUUGGUUUUCGGGAAAAGUUCCUCACUUUAAAGUUUGUGCUUUGGUGUAGUUUUAAUAUCCAGUUAUACAAGAUUUUUUUUUUCCCCUCAAUCAUUUGAGUGUUUUGUUUGCUGAGUUAUGACAAUAAAAAUUAAUUUUAUAACUA